AUGCGUCAUCCCGACCGAAGUACGGGGCAGUACCUCUUUCUUUGAUCUUUCUCGCCAACUCGCUGUGUAAAAUUUUCAAUUGAUCGGAUUCUCAAACUAAGCAUGGGUCCUUCUAGGUCAUUUAAACUUCUCGAUCUAUGCCCAUCUUGGGGAAAGUCAUGGCCCCAUCGAAUUCUUGGGCAGUCAUCUCAUUGGUGAAUGAGCCCUUUUUUGUCAUCUUGAAUGACUAUAAGGCUCGGCCGGCUUCUAAAAUUUCCCGCCUUUGGAGACGGGUAUAGACGGCACGCUACGCAUGUAUGAGUAAGUUAUUCUAAUGUACCAACCGUAAUUGAAGAAAUUCUGAUAUCCUCACGUCCCUUGUUGCCUCCCCAGACGCUCCAGUCAUAACUUACGUGCCGUGCCGACUUAAACGCCUUUACCCCUGCGUAUAUUCUUCUGUUUAAAGAGCCUCUUAAAGAGUUUAGACUCUGAAAUAGAAAGUCCAGUCAGUCAAAAAAGUAUCGCCUCCUCAGAUACCAUACACGUCUCCGAAACAACUCAACCAGCAACCAUGACGGGUAACGAUGCAAACAACGCUUCGGCGUCGGCCAAUGGCUCUUCGAUACCUUCCUCUUCCAAGUCCGACUUCAUCGUCAAGGCAGGGUUAGCCCAGAUGCUGAAAGGGGGUGUCAUCAUGGACGUAACAGACGCCGCUCAGGCCCGCAUUGCUGAAGAAGCUGGAGCCUGCGCCGUCAUGGCCCUCGAGCGUGUCCCAGCCGAUAUCCGAGCAGAAGGUGGCGUGGCGCGCAUGUCAGACCCUGGUAAGAUCAAGGAGAUCCAGGAAGCUGUGACUAUUCCUGUCAUGGCUAAGGCCCGUAUCGGUCAUUUCGUCGAGUGCCAGAUCCUCGAGGCCCUGGGUGUGGACUAUAUCGAUGAGAGCGAGGUCCUCACUCCCGCCGACGAUACGUUUCACGUCGAGAAGAGCCCCUUCAAGGUACCCUUCGUCUGCGGCUGCAGGAACUUACCCGAGGCCUUGAGGCGUAUUGCUGAGGGCGCUGCCAUGAUUCGUACCAAGGGCGAGGCUGGUACAGGAGACGUUGUUGAGGCCGUCAAGCAUAUGCGCACGGUUAACCGUGACAUUGCUCGGGCCAGAUCCGCGCUUCAGGAGGGUGGUGACUUGGCCAUCAGGGCCCUGGCGAGGGAAUUUGAGUGCGACGCUGUGCUGCUCAAGCAGACCGCAGAACUUGGCCGCUUACCGGUGGUCAACUUCGCCGCUGGAGGUGUAGCGACCCCCGCGGACGCUGCAUUGAUGAUGCAGUUAGGCUGCGACGGAGUCUUCGUCGGUAGCGGUAUUUUCAAAUCCGGCGACGCGGCUAAGAGAGCUAAGGCUAUCGUGAGAGCUACGACACACUUCCGAGACCCGAAAGUCCUAGCCGAGUGUAGUGAAGGCCUCGGCGAGGCAAUGGUUGGUAUCAGCGUCAACAGCAUGAGGCCCGAGCAGAAAAUGGCCGGAAGGGGAUGGUGAUUCGAGAUAUGCUAUAAUGUUACAUGGGUGGGACAUCUGAAUUUCAACAAUACUACAUCACAGUCAGUCGGGAGCACGGGGAAUCAACACCAAUGGCGUAGACUAAAAUAAGAUGAGGCGAUGUUUAUACAUUUCGUGAAGGUGUACUUAAAUCUAGGUACUUAUUGACACGAUCACUACUAUCCAGAAAAGUUAGAUGGCCACAAAUUCAACAAGAAUAUCCCGUCAGUCCUGAGAUCCUCAUGCAGGUUGAUUGUUCCAAAUGGCGUCGCUUAGGGUCUUGUUAGGGGUGAAAUAUUUCUCCAAGCGUGGCUUUGCGCGGAUGAUUAGAUCAGCCUCCAUACGGCCGAACAC